AUGGUUCAUAAGAGCCUGGUGGUCCUUCUGACCGUUCUUCUUCUCGCUGUUGUGGUGACGGCGAAGAAGGAGGCAGUAAAGGCUUCACACAAUGCAACACAAAACACCACUGCCCCGAACCGCAAUGCUGGUGACUUCGUGAUUGCUCCGACGGUGCGCACUCUGAUGUCACCCGAGACGACGUCCAUGGUCAUCGUCGUGUCGGCUGCGGCUGGUUUUGCCUUCGCGAUGUACUGGUGGUAUGUUCUCUCCGCCAUCAAGGUCACCCCCGGCAAGGAUCAGGGCCUGCGCAACGCGUACCUCACCGACGAGGUGAUGCGCAACGUGUACGUCAUCUACACCCGCAUCUCUGAGGGCGCCACCGCUUUUCUCCUGUCGGAGUACAAGUACAUGGGCGUCUUCAUGAUCGGCUUCGGCUCCCUUAUCUUCUUCCUCCUCGGGAUCGCUCUGUCCGCUCCGCAGGUGGGCCAGAAGGCCGUGCAAUCCCCGUGGGCAAAUGCCGGGCUCUCACUCUUCGCGUUCUUCGCCGGCGCGAUCACCUCCGUGGCUGCUGGCUGGAUCGGCAUGCGCAUCGCCGUCUACACCAACGCCCGCACGGCCAUCAUGGCGACCAGCGGCAGCGACGAGGGUGACCAGUCGAACGGCUACGCUCUCGGCUUCCAGACGGCGUUCCGCGGCGGCAUCACGAUGGGCUUUGGUCUCACCUCGAUGGGACUCUUCGCUCUCUUUGUCACCGUGAAGGUCAUUGCGGCGUACUUUGGCAACGGGGUCGAGACGAUGCCGGAGCUGUACGAGUGUGUUGCGGCCUUCGGUCUGGGUGGUUCGGCCAUCGCCUGCUUCGGACGGGUGGGUGGUGGUAUCUACACCAAGGCGGCCGAUGUCGGCGCGGAUCUUGUCGGCAAGGUCGAGAACAACAUUCCUGAGGAUGACCCACGAAACCCCGGCGUGAUCGCGGACUGCAUCGGCGACAACGUCGGCGAUAUUGCCGGCAUGGGUUCGGACCUUUUCGGCAGCUUCGGCGAGGCUUCCUGCGCUGCUCUCGUGGUGGCUGCCGGCUCCGCGGAGCUGACGGCGUCCUUCACCUCGAUGAUGUACCCGCUGCUGAUCACCGCGGUCGGCGUGCUUGUCUGCACUAUCGUGGCCACCAUCGGCGCAACCAACAGCGGUGUGCGCCGCUCGCAGGACAUCGAGCCUGCCCUGAAGCGCCAGCUGCUGCUGUCGACGAUCGGCGCGACUAUCGUGCUGCUCUUCCUCACGGAGGUGGCGCUGCCGCCGACCUUCCGCAUUGGCGAGACAGAGUCGUCGCGUUGGGGUGCCCUUGUCUGCGUGCUCUGCGGUCUCUGGUCCGGCCUCAUCAUCGGCUACACGACGGAGUACUACACGUCCAACGCGUACCGCCCCGUGCAGGAGAUUGCCGAGUCGUGCGAGACGGGUGCGGCCACCAACAUUAUCUACGGACUGGCGCUCGGCUACCUGUCGGUGGUGCCGCCGAUCAUGGCGAUGUGCGUCACGAUCUACGUGUCCUACCGCAUGUGUAACGUGUACGGCUUCGCUCUUGCCGCGCUCGGCAUUCUGUCCACCAUGUCUGUCGCACUGACGAUCGAUGCUUACGGCCCGAUUUCCGACAACGCCGGCGGCAUCGCAGAGAUGUCGCACAUGGGACACGAGAUCCGCGAGAUUACGGAUGCCCUCGAUGCGGCCGGCAACACGACGGCGGCCAUUGGCAAGGGCUUCGCCAUCGCCUCUGCCGCUUUUGUGGCGCUGGCCCUGUACGGCGCCUACAUCUCGCGCGUGGCGAUCCCGGUGGUGAACAUCCUCGACGCGCACGUGAUGCCGGGGCUGCUCUUUGGCGCCAUGCUGCCUUACUGGUUCUCCGCCAUGACGAUGAAGUCUGUCGGCAUUGCCGCCAUGGAUAUGGUGAACGAGAUCCGCCGCCAGUUCCAGGACCCCGAGGUCGCCGAGGGCCGCAAGGAGCCGGACUACGAGAGCUGCGUGGCCAUCGCGACGCAGGCCGCGCUGCAGCAGAUGAUCCCGCCGGCGGCGCUCGUGAUGCUGACGCCGAUCGUGAUCGGUAUCCUGUUCGGCAAGUACACCCUGUCCGGUCUGCUGCCCGGAGCUAUUGUGUCGGGUGUGCAAAUGGCAAUCUCCGCCUCGAACACUGGCGGUGCCUGGGAUAAUGCGAAGAAGUACAUUGAGCAGGGCGGUCUCCGUGACAAGAACAAGGGCAAGGGCUCCCCGCAGCACGGCGCCGCUGUCAUCGGUGACACUGUCGGCGAUCCGCUCAAGGAUACCUCUGGCCCAGCCCUGAACAUUCUGGUGAAGCUCAUGGCCAUCAUUUCCGUCGUGUUUGCGCCGGUUUUUGAGUCCCGCAUGGGCGGUAUCGUGCUCAACCUUAUCGAGUAG